AUGGAUGACCUCUCCGGCCGCACCGCCGCCUCGCCUCCGCCUCCGCCUCUUACUCUUCCACUUCCGCAUGACAACCUCCUCCUGGAGAUCCUCCUGCGGCUACCGCCUGAGCCAAUCUACCUCCUCCGCGCCUCCCUCGUCUCCAAGCACUGGCGCCGCCUCGUCCACGACGCCAGGUUCCUCCGCCGCUUCCGCGCGUUCCACGGGGCGCCUCCUGUGCUCGGCUUCCUCAACAACCAGCCGGGGCCUCCCCUCUUCGUCCCCACCUCCGACGCCUUCGCUGCAGUCCCCUCCUCCAUGAUGUCCCACGACUCUUGGUGGGCCUUGGACUGCCGCCACGGCCGCGCCCUCCUCCAACACAGGAACUCCGGGAAUCUCCUGGUCUGGCACCUCAUGUCUGGCGAGCAGCGCUGCUUGCCGCGGCCGCCGCCGGCGCUCGAUGGCUACGAUUGCGGACCCGGCUUCAACGCCGCGGUCCUCCGCGCGGCCGGCAACGAGGACCGCCUCGACUGCCGCUCCUGCCCGUUCCUCGUGGCCGUAGCGCUCACCCACGGCGGCCAUGCUGACCUGACCUCCGCCUGCGUCUACUCGUCUAAGACCGGCGUCUGGGGAGACGUCAUCUCCGUCGCCACGCUAGAGGAAGUUGAGGCCCGGCCGACGACUCUGGUCGGAAACACGCUCUACUGGCCAAUGACCGCCGGUUGCAUCCUUGAAUUUGAUGUGGACAAAUAUAGCUUGGAUACAAGUGAGGUGCCAAACGAUAUGUUUUGCUACUAUGAGGGCCUGAUUGUCCUCAUGCCGGCGGAGCAUGGAGGCCUUGGCUUUGCAGCAGUUGACGGUCUCAGUCUCCAUCUCUUCUCAAGGGUGGCUACCACUGACGGCACUCUAGUCUGGACGCUUUGCCGGGCCAUUGAUCUGAACAAGUUUCUUACGCCGGAUGUGGUGGUGAGCUGUAAGACGUUUUCAAUGGAGGCAAUUGGCGUCGCUGAAGGUGCUGAUGUGGUUUUCAUUUAUGCGUGUAAAUGCGCCUACAUGCUUCAUCUCAAGUCUAUGCAGUUUGAUGAGGUGUCCGUUAAAGGAACCUAUGCCAGCAUUUUUCCAUACACCAGUUUCUAUACCCCGGUACUACCAUGUCUUUUAUCCUCUAGGAAUGAUAAAGUGUAG